AUGGAGCUAAGUGACUCCGUACCAGGCUACUAUAGAAAUGACAACCUGAACCAGCACGACCACCAGGCAACAGCCAACUGCCUCAACCAAACAGCCGGCUGUCUGCUGAACAUCACCAGCCUGUUUCUCGACGAGAUGUCGCGCAACAUCACCGAGCGACUCCUCCAGCCCCACAGCUACGAGAUGUUCAACGCCACCUGGGCCGGUUCCUCCUCCACCUUUACGGCAGCGGGGACGACGCCCAGCGAGAAAAUCGUGGAUUAUUACCUGUACGUCAACCUGACCAGGAGGUCGGAUAAUCCCCAGAUUAGAAGGAUGGACCCAGACUCGCCGCAACAAAUGGUCAGCAGACAAGUUCUUGAUAAGACUACCCUCAUCUUUGUGAUGGUCCUCAUCCCGUGCUUCUCCGUCUUCGGCUGUGUGGGUAACGUGCUGAGCCUGCGGGUGCUGGUGCACCACCGGAUGAGGAACGCCACCAACAUGGUGCUGGCGGCCCUCGCCGUGUCCGACCUGCUCUUCCUGCUCCACGCCUUCUACUUCUCCUUCCUGCGCCUGUACGUGCAGAGAAACCCUGUGGCGGGGGAGAACCUCAGAGCCAUAACGUUCCCAUUGCUCGGCAGUUACGGAAGUGUCGUCACAGCUCGGAUCACCACCUGCCUGACCACCAUGCUCAGCGUGGAGAGGCUGAUAGCCGUCUACUUCCCCAUGAAGGCCAAGGUCAUGUGCAGCCGGGCCAUGACCGUCACGUGCAUCCUGCUCAUCUACCUGGUGACGCUGGUGGCCUUCAUCCCGAUGGCGCUCAAGUACCACAGCAGCCUGGAGGUACGCAACAACCAGACCGUCUACACCACGGGCCUCACCAAACUGGGCAACAACACGCUCUUCUUCAACAUCUACGGCAACAUCCUCAACAUCGCCUUCCGGUUCAUACCCAUCCUCGUCCUCAUCUUGGUCAACAUCCUCAUCGCCUGCGCCAUCCGACGAACGUGGUCAUUCCGUCGGUCCAUGCCCAGCGGCGGCUCCGCGACCUACGAGCAAAACCGCAUCACACUGAUGCUGCUCAUGGUGUCUUUAAUCUUUCUUAUCUGUAUUUUACCCGGCGCUAUUCACAGCAUAGUCAACCAGUUCAACACAGAGUACAACCGUAAAGCCUCACAGAGCAACAUUUACAAUAUUUUCGGUAACGUCACGUACUUCUUAGAGACGGUGAACUCGUCUGUGAACUUUGUCAUCUACAUGGCGUUCAGCGCCAAAUUCUGCAGGACGUACAAGCAGAUUUUCUGCUGCACACAACAGAUCAACACCAGGGGCUCGGCCAGGUCCGUCAUCCGAUUUUCUGCACGACCUCAGAUCGGAUCAAGGUCAAGCAUGACGAGUUACCGGGAACUUUACUUCUUAAAUCAGCUCGGUAAAGGGAAAAUAUCCAGCUUCAAGGACCGAGAACUUAACGGAAAUCCUAUUCGGAAAAACGGGUUUGUUGCUAACACAGGGACCAUACACGAGGAAGGGAGGAUGAAAAUAUUCCGAAGCAGGUAUUCCAUCAGUGAGAGCUACAGCGGGCAUAGCCAUAGCGGGCAUAGCAGCCAGGGUAAGGUGGAGAACUCUAAGGGUGAGAGGUACAGCCAACACAGCGUCCACAGUAGCCACAGUGCCGAGCCCACGGCCGAGGACAUGUACAGUUGACGGUGUUAUUCUGCAUUUGUGUAGACCCACACUACACAUUUGCAUGGACACAAGCCCUAGUCUGAACCAGGACAUGUACAGUUGACGGUGUUAUUCUGCAUUUGUGUAGACCCACACUACACAUUUGCAUGGACACAAGCCCUAGUCUGAACCAGGACAUGUACAGUUGACGGUGUUAUUCUGCAUUUGUGUAGACCCACACUACACAUUUGCAUGGACACAAGCCCUAGUCUGAACCAGGACAUGUACAGUUGACGG